UGAGUUUAUUAUUUUCCUCUCGUGCGUGCACACUUUUUGUUCUGGUACCUCCUAAGCACUGGCUGAAUUUAUCUGACUCGUCUUGUAACUGGGACAACGGGCAGCCUCUCCCCGCUUGGCUCGAUGGCAUAUUUAGGGAUUUUCCCAACACAACCAUAUAUGUACACAGUCAUGUAUCCUUAACCUUUUUUAACUGACUCUCUUAUUUGUUCAUUAAAUCGGCCUUUAUUCAUAUAAUGCGUAAUCCAGGAAUGUAACGAUUUAAUUGGCACGAGAAAACUCGAGAAAAUAGCAACUGCACAAAUCGCAAUGACAACAAUGAAUGGCUAAAUUACUUCCGGACACUAAGGUUCCGCGGAGCUCCUCCUCACUAUUCUUUAUAUUAGCGACACCCAUUCAGUAGAUAUUUGAGCAUUUUUAGUUAUCUGUUCAUGUAGUAGAUUGGAAUACAACGUUUGUUUGCUCAAGUGGUGUCCACUGUCCAGUGCAUCAGGGGGAGUUUUAAUUGCUGGUGCAACCUAUAUAGUGGUCUGAUGCAUUGCCGAAACGUCCAGACUGGAACCAAACAAUGGACAGAGUAGGCUGCCCUGCACGGGUGUCACACCAGUCCUUGAUGGCAGCUGCAGUGUCUGUGGGUUUUCCUUUCUCCAUUGCACUUAACUGAUCAGCCAAUGUUAUUGAUUUGAGGCCAACGUACACCAGUGAUGUACUAUACUUUAUCUUGGCCAGGUCGCAGUUGCAAAUGAGAACUUGUUCUCAACUAGCCUACCUGGUUAAAUAAAGGUGAAAUAAAAUAAAUAAAUAAAUAAAAAUAUUAGUUAAUGUGCAACAUUCUGAACUUUACAGAUAGAAAUGGAAUGAAUAGGUUCUAGACGAUUCCCAUUUCUAGAUGACAAAGUUUUAUGCAGAAUACAUUUUGUCUAUCUGAGCAUACGGUAAUGUUGCAGCUGAACAGGGCCCUGUUCUAAAUUAGACACUGACUAAAACGGAAAAAGGAAUACCUGAAUCGUGUUCAUUAGCGCAUACUGUAGAAAAACAUUUUAAAAUAGGAAACACAAACAAGCUUAUUAAACAACAUUUCACUCUGUUUCGGGUCACUGUCUUCCAUUGUGUGCCUACUGAACAUGACCCAGCAGACACUGCGGCAGCCCUCCAGGUAUUGAGCCCAGCUGUACAGGCAUAAGCCCUGCAGGGUUUUAGUAUGGCUUCAGAGAAGAUGGAUGAUUACAGUGGGACACUGGGGCUGAAUGUUUACGUCAAAGAGGAGGAGGAAGCGGUGCAGGUGGAGGAUUUCACAAUGAAGGACAAGGAGGCAUUCACAGUGAAGGAGGAGGAUGAAGCUUUCACAGUGAAGGAAGAGGUGUUGACUUUCACAUUUAAAAAAGAAGAGGAAGAAGUUUCAACAGUGAAAGAAGAAGAGGACGAGGUUAUCACAGUGAAAAUUGAGGAGGGUGGAGAGAGGCCUAGCCCCAGCACCGAGACUAAAUGGGGCUCGAAGAGUGGAAAAAGUUUGAUACAGGAACUAGACUGGCGAGCUCCUGUGGAGAAACCUCACUGCUGUUCCCAGUGUGGCAAAACAUUCUCAGAGUCCGGAAACCUGAAGCAGCACAUGCGGACGCACAGCGGAGAGAGACCUUACCACUGCUCCAAAUGUGGGAAACGCUUCAUACAAUUGGGACACUUCAACAGCCACCAGCGCACGCACACGCAGGAGAAACCGUUCAGUUGCGGUGAGUGCGGGAAGAGUUUCUCUCAGAGAAUCAAUUUGAAGAAACACCAGCUCACACACUCCGGUGAGAGGCCUUUCCUGUGCUCUGACUGCGGGAAGAGUUUCUCUUCAUCUACCAACCUAAAAAGACACCAGAGCACGCACAGCAAUGAAAAGCCUUUCCAGUGCACCAACUGUGAGAAAAGUUUCACUCAUAUACACCACUUGACACGUCAUCAGACCGUACACACGGGGGAGAAACCUUACACUUGCUCUGACUGUGGAAGGAGUUUCUCCCUCCAGGGGACUUUAAAGAAACACCAGCGCACACACACCGGGGAGAAACCGUACCAGUGCUUGCUCUGCGGGAAGAAUUUCUCUCUUUCGGUGGCACUGAAGAGACACCAGCUCAUGCACACUGGAGAGAAACCAUACCAAUGCUCUCAAUGCGGGAAGAGUUUCACCCAAAAGGGACAAUUAACUCAACACCAGGGCACACAUGAACUAGAAAAGCCUUACCCCUGCUCCCAGUGUGGGAAAAGUUACUCCUCAGCCCCCUCGUUAAAAGCACAUCAGAGGACUCACAAAGAGUCAACGUCACUCGCAAUGACAGCACAUUUCAAUUUAAAAGGAAUGGACUGGUUUGCAUUCAGUACCACAGAACGGUGAGCAACCUUGAAUUCAAUGGAAACUGCACUUAAAAACUUUAAGCCAAUUGCAACCAUCGAUGGCCACCAGAUUAUCGCCAGCUGAUCUUUAGUUAAACCAGUAAUUGGCGCUAAAAUCACCUACACAGCUACACACCUAUCUCAAUCUCUAUCUCAAUUGCAACCAUUAUUGGACACCAUUACCUCUCCCUAAAGUGGAUGUUGAGCUUUACUCUUAGUUCUGAUUUUAAGACUAUUUUGCCCUCUGUUGGGUAUUAUCAUCAGAACAAUUGAAUCCUGUUUUUUUUUUGCAGAUUCAAGGUGAUUUUAAUCAAUUUGACAAUCAUUCCAUACAACUCAAGUAAAGUAUUUAAUUUACUUGUUUUCCACAGCAAAUCCUCUAUGGCAGUGUAGCCUACCCUACGCAUUUUAUGAUUGGAAAAAUCAUGGUGUAGGAUAAAUUUGUUUCCAAUUUAUGUAAUCCAUUAAUGAUUUAACUUGUCUAAAUAAAAUAUGGCAUUUUUUUCCAUCGAGAGGUGAAGAACAAUUUCCUGAACUGUAGGAUACACAUUUGAAACAGUAUUGUAGGCCAUUUUUUAAUAAAAUUAUCUUGUAUUCUAUUUGGAAGUCGUUCUCUUAAUUUAAUUAAAGUGCUUAAUUUUUUAUAUUGAUAUUUAAAUUGUCUAUCACGUGUUGCCACAAUCCAUAUCGCAGCAUAGCCUAGUGGUUAGAGCUUUGUACUAGUAACCGAAAGGUUGCAAAAUCGAAUCCCCGAGCUGACAAGGUACAAAUCUGUUCAUCUGCCCCUGAACAAGGCAGUUAACACACUGUUCCUAGGCAGUCAUUGAAAAUAAGAACUUGUUCUUAACUGACUUACCUGGUAAAAUAAAAAAAUAUGGUAAUAUUACUUAAUUGGGAUGGAAGUAGGGAACGCAGACAAUGACCAUUUUCGUUGUCUAGUAUCAUGCGGGCUUAACACUGUAACAACAUAUCAGUUGGUCUGAUAGUUUAUUUGGGUGUUAUUUUUAGCUCAGAGCUCCGUGUAAUCUCCCAGAAGUAUUGUUUGACGGAAACCAGCGUUAACACAGUGAUGAGUGCGUAGUUUGUUGCUUGUUUGUUGCAAUGAACGCGUGUGACUAUGGUUGCCCAGAGAGCAGAUCCCAUAGGGUUUGCUGCAUGAUUUUCCGAUGAACACACCAAUAUUGAUCAGGCAACACUUAACCACACCCACCAAACGGGAGUAAACAUACCUCAAAGGCUGUUGAAGAUGGGUGUGCACUGUUUUGGGGUAACGUGUCGUUCAAUAGAAACCGUCACACAACUGAGCAAACUUUGUAGCGAACUGAAUGCACCCUUGGUGUUGUGCUGUGUUUGUAACCAACUGAGCGGUGGGAAUUUCCCACUUUUGCAGUCGUAAAUACCAGUUGGAUGCAUUCGCAUGUUUUGAACUCGUUGAAAAAUAUUGAUUGGCUAAUGUCCAACAAGCUGGGUAAACCAUAAACUAACAGUACAGCUAUCAUGCUUGUUAACAGAUUAGUGUUCAAAACCCAUAUUAGUAGAUGUCUUUUUAUAAAUAAUGUGUUGUUGCAUUGAAAGGUCCAAUGCAGACGUUUUUAUCUAAAUAUUACAUUUCUGGUUAGCAAUUAAGUACCCUACUGUCUAUAAACAAAAGUAACUUCUUAGCAAAUAGCAAUUUCUCAAGCAAUGAAUGUUGCUAGGACUGUCUAGGUGGGGAAAACUAGCUGUUAUUGGUAGAGGUUUGGAACUCUCUUUCUUAUUGGUCUAUUAACUAAUUUGCCACCUGUUGAUGUCACCAGGCAGGCCAAAACUCCAUCCCACCAAAGCAGGCAGAUAUUUUAGGCUGUCUUCAAACAGCUCUUAUGCUAAAAUGGCAUAAUCACAAUUUCACAGUAUUAUUCCAACCUCAUAGUGUAGAAAAAAUAUAAAACACAGGAAAAUCACGUUUUGCACUCCCCAUGCUGUCAGUCAAGAACAAAUUCUUAUUUAGGGCCUACACUGGCAAAACCCAGACGACGCUGGGCCAAUUGUGCACCGCCCUAUGGGACUCCCAAUCACAGCCAGUUGUGAUACAACCUGGUUUCGAUCCAGGGUGUCUGUAGUGACGCCUCUAGCACUGAGAUGCAGUGCCUUCGACCGCUGUGCCACCCAGUUGCUACAAUAGCACAGAUAUAUCUAUGAUUUUCCCCAGUGGUAUGUGGUAAAUUCCCACCUGCCACUUGGUUACAAACGCACAUAGGGAAUGUGUUGGGAACUCCCUCAAGCCAGUGCAUGCACCAAUCCAAUGGCACUAAAUCUUUGAGGGGGGAGUGAACAAGUGCACAACUUGGGGGAGAAACUAAAUUGGGUGUGCACCUUUUCACUAAUCCCACUUUUCUAAUAUUGGACUGCACUAAGUAAGCAGACUGAAGUUCAAUGCUCACUGCAUGUAAUUGCUUAUUGAUGAUGCUAUACUGUAUUUUAUUCAUAUGAUCUUACUAAUGUGGUUGUAUAUAUUAUUUUUCCAGAUGUGUAAAACCAAGCAAAUUCCUGUCAACAUUGUUAUUGUAAAAUGUAAUCACCUCAACAGAUGGAUCAGAACUGCAAGCAACUUUGUCAAAGAUACAAGUUAGGCAUUAUCGCACAAAUGAAUAAAUAUAUCAAUGUAAUCAGCACA